AUGGGCUUCUUACGCAAGAUCGGCAGCUUCUUCGGCAUCUCGCGGGACGACGCCGACCACCCGGACUCCCCGUCCUCCUCCGCCGCCGCCGCGGAACUCCCGCAUGACAGGGCUGCUGCGGCCGCGGCGGGGCACGGGGCGAGGCGGGGCUUCAGCGUCCAGGUUCCCGUCCCCGUCGAGCGGCAGGGGCCCGGGCCCGUGCUGGUGCCCUGCCCGCAGGGGGACGGCGGCGUGCAGGGUUUUAGGUGGUAUACAAGGAGGCUUAGGAUCGAUGAAGACGGCGACGUGGCUGAUGAGUUCUUGGAUGAAAUUAUCCCAGAAGGCUCAGUCAACAACAACACAGGCCCAGUCGGAAGGUUCCAAGUGAAAUAUAACACGAAACCGACUGCUACAGCGCUGAGGAAGCAUGUCAUUGCUGUUGACGGUGACAUCCGCCAUAGCUUGGAACACCAAGGGCAACUGCGGUGGGUGUGA